AUGACUCCUACUUUGCCGCAUGCUUGCCCCGAAGCAUUAAUGAAUUCUUUGAAAUUUAAUGAAAGUUGCAAAAUAUCUUCCGGGUCUGAGUCUAAUAUUCAAGUUUCUCAGGAUGGCGGCACCCAUCACCUCAAUUCCUUUUCUUCUCUUACUUACUCAAGUUAUGGCACUAUAAUCGAAAAUAUUCGCGAGGAUAAAAAGCUUAUGUGUGAAGGUAUAUCUAAAGAAGUAAACGAAGAAUUUUUUCUUCCUGACUCGUAUAAAGUUGUAACGUACACGGGGGAAACCCGACUAAAAGAUAUAUCUACUUUAACGAUGAAUAAUUUGUCUGAACCCUAUUCAAUUUAUACUUAUCGUUAUUUUCUUCAUUCUUGGCCCCACCUAUGUUUUUUGUGCUUGGAAAAUACAACUUGUAUUGGAGUAAUCGUUGGCAAAAUGGAAGAACACUAUAACAAGUUGCGAGGAUACAUCGCAAUGUUGGUGGUAGAUAAUAUGCACAGAGGGCGACGCGUCGGUACCGCCUUAACCGUUGCUGCUAUUCGGGCUAUGCGUUUAGAGAAUUGUGAGGAGGCCAAAAAGAAGACUAAG